AUGACGAGGAUGUGGCUACUGGCCCGAGAGGUGCGAAAUCUGAAGGAGCAAAUGGAAGGAAGGACCAAAUCCCCUAGGCGAACGUUGCUCACUGCUUUGCCAUUUUCCUCCGAGAUCAUGUCUUACAAAGUACCCGGCGACUUCAAGUUCCCGGAACAGGCCACCUUUGACGGAUCCGGUGAUCCGCGAGAGCACCUUUUGAGUUAUCAGGCUAAGAUGCAGGUACUAGGGGUCCGGGACCCUGUCAUGUGUCGCGCUUUCCUACCGACACUAAAAGGACCGGCGCAAAGAUGGUUGGUAGCUCUGCCCCCAGGAUCGAUACGCAACUUUGAAGAGCUGGCCGACCGCUUCAUGAGUCACUACACGGCCAACAUCAAGCCACAAAAGGAUCUGACCCAUCUGGGAGACGUUCAUCAAGAGGAGGGCGAAUCCCUUAAAACCUACUUGGCCCGGUGGCAAAAGGAAAUCCAGUCUAUCGAGGAGGUCGAGGACCAGACUGCCCUCACUUUCAUCAUCGAAUCUUUACGGUCCUGGCAACUGUAUCGCGACUUACGUGACAAUCGACCGGCCACCUACGCAGAAGCCAUACAUAUGGCUAAUAAACGAGCUAACACGGAGCAGGCUAUGAAGCACAAGCGACAUCACGAGGUCGGAGGAUCCGCCAGUGGAAAGAGAACCCGCGCAGAGACUAAGGAGAGACGCCCGAAACCGCCUAGGCGAGCUGAAGCCAGGCGCCCCUACGAUAGGCCCAUCAUCAAUCCCUAUAGGCCGACUCCUCAACAUCCGGUGCACGAGGUACAAGCACUCGCACCUCCUCCGCCUCCCCCGAUUGAGGAGCGCGUGGCGAACGAAGAGCCAGGUAAGAUAUCUAAAUACUGUCGUUACCACAAAUCCUACACUCACAGUACGGAAGAAUGCUACUACCUGAAGAAAAUCAUGGAGGGAAUCAUUCAGCAAGGAACCCCGCCUCCUAACCAGUGGCGAAGAAGGUCGGCGGCCCGGGAAGACGGUGACCCUGCGGUAGCAGCUGAAAAUAGUCGCGACAAGCAGCCUACGACCGAGGAAGACGAGGCCCAAUGGCGGCAGAAACCGGUCAUUAACAUGAUAAUCGGCGGACCAGAAGGAGGCGACUCGGCAAACACUAGAAAAGCUUGGGCCCGACAGUUAUAUGUAGGGACAGUGUACGGGCGAGAAGAAGGUUCAAAGAAGACUUGCUGA